AUGCUUAAACGCCGUCGAAGGGCUGCUAAUGAGACUUGCCCGUUAGCUAGGACCAUUCAUAAGAUACUCGUAGAGAAAGGUAUACGCGCUGAGCUAGAAGGCCGUGUACGGGAUUGGCUAGUUGGAAAGCAGUGGCUCCUCACUGUGGAAGACCUUGGAAUUGUCGAGGAGAGGCAUUGGCUGAAGUGGAAUGCUGAUGACAGGAUACCUUGGGGUAUGGUGAUGCAUCUCAAAGAGGUCUAUUCGACCAAGCUGACGGAGAGGAUGCUGAACAAGCUCCCUCACGGUAUCCGGGACCGAGUCCUUCACAGUACUGCUUGGGUCAAACUGAUGCCUACUAAGAGCAACAGCAUGGUUUGA